UUUAUCGUCUAAUUAAAUUACAUCCUAGUAAAUCGCAUCUAAAUGGUUCCUAAAUAAGAACAAUAAACGGAGAGGAGAGAAAAUGAUGUGUUUUUUAAUGUCACCAUAGCACAAAUGUAAACUAGUUAUAAUAUUACACAUCCUGAAGAAGUGGAGUUAAAAUGUCUUCGUGUGACGGACAAACCAAAACGUCAGCUGCCAGAGUUUUGACCCAGGAGGAGCUGGACAGACUCGGCAGUGAGCGGACUCUGGUGUCCGACUUCAAGCAGAUGAAGUUGGAGAAAGAAGCUCAGAAAAACUGGGACUUGUUUUACAAAAGGAACACGACGAACUUCUUCAAGGACAGACACUGGACCACCAGAGAAUUUGAAGAGCUCAAAGCUUGUCGAGAGUUUGAGUCCCAGAAGCUGGUGCUGCUCGAGGCUGGAUGCGGUGUAGGAAACUGCAUCUUCCCUCUGCUGGAGGACGACCUCAACAUCUUCGUUUACGCGUGCGACUUCUCGCCGCGGGCUGUUGAAUUUGUCAAACAAAACCCUCUAUACUGCCCUGAGCGCUGUUGUGCCUUCCAGUGUGAUUUAACUAAAGAUGAUCUGAUGGAAAAUGUGCCAGAGGGAAGCGUGGAUGUUGUUACUCUCAUCUUCGUCCUGUCAGCCGUCCAUCCUGACAAGAUGAAGCUGGUUUUGGAGAACAUCAACAAGGUGCUAAAGCCUGGAGGCAUCGUCCUGUUCAGGGACUACGGCUUGCACGACCACGCCAUGCUUCGAUUUAAAUCUGGAAACAAGUUGGGGGAGAACUUCUAUGUCCGCCAAGAUGGCACGAGGUCCUACUUCUUCUCUAAAGAGUUCCUGGCCGAGUUGUUUGAGGAGACGGGCUUCCAGUCUGUCGCUAACGACUACGUUCUGAGAGAAACAGUCAACAAGAAGGAGGGUCUUUGUGUUCCCAGGGUUUUCCUGCAGAGCAAAUUCACUAAGCCUGGCCAGUCACAGAGCUCUUGAUGUCACUUUGUCGGUCAUUUCACAAAUCACUAAAGACAUGGAAAAACACAAGACCGAAAUGUCUGGUUGAAACAGGAUAGCUGAAAAGUGAUUCUAUACUUUGGGGGAACUGCUAUCCUAAACAUUCCCAGGAGGGGACUUGUGGCUCAUAGGCUCCUGGUUCUGAAUCUUUCAGACCAGGAGGGAGCUACAGGUGGGUUAGUUAAGAAUACCUCCUUCCACUGAUUGACAAACGUGUUUUGCCUUGAGGUAAGGCUCAGAGACACUUAUGGGCUGCUCCUCUGACAGAAAUGAAAGCGACGUGCUUGUGCCUGGUAUUUUACAGGUGGAAACUGGUGGAACUGGAAGAGUAGAAAUCUCAAAAGGUGAAAGAUUGUUCGGUAAAUCCCUGAGCUACAUAUAUAUUGAGCAGUUCGAAUUCACAUUUCAUAGCCUUGGUCAAAGUUAAAUCAGCUGCUUGUAUCAUGCUGAGGAACUUUUUGCCUUCUCUCUGAGCCUUUGGCUUUUUUAUUCUAACAGGUAUUUUAAUAAUUAUAGCAUCAAGAGUUUCUUGAUGUUAAGUGAUCAUUCAAUUUUGUGUACAUUCACUGUAAUGUUUUUCGUCAUGCUAAUCUGUUUAUAUUGAGGACAAACACAAAUACAUUUUGUCAUUUCACA